AUGGCCGGGCCAGCCUGCCUCCUGUUCUGCCUGUCUGCAGCCCAGCUUUUUGCCCACGUGGCCCCUUCAGAUGAGGCUCCUGAGAAGCCACAGGAGCUGGGGUUGAUGCUGAUGCCCUGGGAGGGCACGCUCCCUGACUCCCCCCUCAGUAUCAGGAGGCAGAAGAGAGACUGGGUGAUCCCUCCCAUCAGCUGCCCUGAGAAUGAAAGAGGCCCAUUUCCCAAGAACCUGGUUAAGGUCAAAUCCACCGAGAGAGAAGUCAAGGUUUUCUACAGCAUCGAUGGCCCUGGGGCUGACCAGCCUCCUCGCGGUGUGUUUAUUAUCCAGAGGGAGACAGGAUGGCUGCAGGUGACAGGGCCCCUGGACAGAGAAGAAAUCUCCCACUAUACUCUCUUCCUCCACGCCACAUCUUCCAACGGGAAUGCCAUUGAGGACCCAAUAGAGAUCGUGAUCACAGUAACAGACCAGAAUGACAACAGCCCCAAAUUCACCCAGGAGGUCUUUGAGGGGUCUGUGAUGGAAGGAGUUCUUGCGGGAACUUCCGUGCUACAAGUCACAGCCACCGACGCCGACGACAACCUGAACACCAACAACGCAGCCAUCGUUUACUCUAUCCUCAGCCAAAAGCCCUCUUUGCCUCGUGCCAAAACGUUCACCAUCAGUCGGGAUACAGGGGUCAUCACGGUGCUGGCUUCUGGGCUGGCCCGAGAGGUCAGGGGCUGGUGGACCCCGAGGGUGGUGUGGUCAAACAUACAUCUGUUCCUGCUGGGAAGGCACAGCCACCAGCCAAUCAGAACAGACACCUGAAUAAUCAGAGCAGACACAAACCCAUCAGAACAAACACUGACCCAUCAGAACAGAUACUCAACCAAUCAGAACAGGUACUAACCAAUCAGUAUAGGCACUGACCAGUCACAACUGACACUGGCCAAUCAGAACAGGUGCUGACCAAACAGAAUAGAAGCCCAAAUAGUCAGAACAGACACUGACCAAUCAGACCAAGCCCCGACCAAUUGAAACAGACACUGGCCAAUCAGAAUACACACUGACCAAUCAGAAUAGGUGCUGACAAUCAGAACACACACUGGCCAAUCAGAACAGA